AUGCCGGCCAGUCUCCCCAGCGCGACUACCACUAGGGUGACGACCCCGAAGGCUUUUAAUUACUCUGAUAUUUCACCAUCUACCCCUGACACCAUCUGCUCCCUCUCGCGCUCUUCAUUUCUCGCCUCACCGGCUACCGUCUCCGUCGUUGUCGAUUCCAACGCGAUCACCACCUCCUCCACCUUCGCCCCGGGCAACGCCGUCGAUCUCGGGAAGAACAACAAGAUGAUUGACGCCGACUCGUCGAUCAAGGGCGAGGACAUCAACGGGAACCAGCCGGAGACGCGCGAGAAGCCGAGCCGCGAGAGCGAGGAC